CAGUCACAGGCUCGUGCAACAGGAUCGGGAAAGUUUCGAUGCUCCGCCCCGGUAAAUGCACCUGCUGCACCACCUGGAGCAGAUCAACACUCACGGGCUAGAGGCUGUGACAGCAGCAACAACAUGGGAGGUGUCUACUCUGGUGAAAAGAUGGCAGGAGUUUUCUCCUACGAGAGUUCAGAAGUCGACUGGUGUGAAGACAACUACAAACACUCUGAACAUGUGGUGGAGUACUUCAACACUAUGAGCAGCUUUUUUUUCUUCAUUAUAUCGCCCGUCAUGCUCUACCUUUUGCACCCUUAUGCCAAAGAGAGGAGCCUGGCAAUCCACAUAGUUUGGAUCAUGAUGAUUUUUGUAGGGCUCUUCUCAGCAUACUUCCACAUGACUCUUAGUUUUGUUGGCCAGAUGUUGGAUGAGCUGUCAAUCCUGUGGGUGCUGGCAGUGGGAUAUGCUGUCUGGUUCCCCCGCAAGCUGUUCCCUUCUUUUAUAAAAGACAGGUCCACGUUUUCAAGGCUCAUCCUGUUGGUUACUGUCAUCACCUCGGUGUCAUCGUUCGUCAAACCUACAGCUAAUGCCUACGCUUUAAACUGCUUCGGCCUCCACCUGCUUUACACUCUGGCAGUGGAGAUGAGAUGCUGCACUGACCAGAAGGCUCUGCGACUGGCCAAGCUGUCAGUGGCUCUGUGGGUGCUCGCCAUCUCCUGCUGGAUUAGUGACCGUUUUGGCUGCAGCUUCUGGCAGCGGCUAAACUUCUGCUACCUCCACGGUAUCUGGCACAUUCUCAUUGUGAUGGCGGUGGCUUAUGGCAGCACUUUGAUAGCUUACCUGGACGCCAACUAUGAGAUACCGUAUUCACUGCCUGGACUGCAGUACUGGCCAUGUGAUAAAUGGGCUGUUGGAUUACCUCACAUUGUCCUGAAGGGUACUACCAAAACACGGAAACGGUGCUAACAAAGUCUUGUUUAACUUUGGCAGAGCAUUUCUGUUAGUGCACUCCAUUAGGACAGUAGUUCAGCACCAGCUUCUCAGCUUAAAGACGCAAUCUAGGAUCUGAAAGCUUGGCCCCACCACCGUAAUUCAAAAUACGGGAAUCUAAUGUCACUCCAACUGAUGACAACAACAACUAAAUACAAGUUAUGCUUGUUUUCUGAUCCUAUAAAAGGUUUAUUUACACAACAGAUGGAGUACCGAAUGAGCCAAGUUCACAUAUACAAAACAAUUAUUUACAGAUCAAACUUAAAAUCUAUACUUUAAUAUGCCCGGUACUUAUACUAUAGAUUCAUAUUUCUAACACAGUAGCAAAUUAUUGCAGUCAUAUUACUGUAAUUCAAACCUUUGCUCUUAGUCUCUCUAUUCAAGCCAUGAUUGUGUUUUCAGAAACUUUUCUGGGGAAAUCCCAACUAGAGUUAGAGGGAUAGAGACUGAGGGCAUCAGUUGACUGAGCUGACUUAUCUUGAACUUCUACGAAGGUGAAAUGAGGUUUGGUUUUACAGGUUUUAAGGCGAUGACUAUCAAACAUUAUGAGCUUGUAAGUCAUGAAUGGUUUCAUAAAAUAUCUACGGGCCUCCAGUUUUAAAGAGUUUGUCUUUGACAGUUAAGCAUGCGUGUUUUUGUAUAUAUAAAUCAGUUACUGAUAUUUAUUUUCAAGAUAUGUACGCACAUUUGAUUCUGCACAUAACCGAUUGUAUUGACGUACUGUAUGCUUUCUUUUCAUGAAACUAUUCUUUUGCUAAGAAACAGUAGCUACUAUCAUUCUGUGCAACAGUUUCUUGGAGUGAGGCGCUACAGUGAAAUGUGUUUGCAUGGAGUUUUAAAAUACCUCAGCAUGUGAUGGCUUCACAGUCAUACAUCCUGUCCUCGGGGUCAGUUUGAUCUGUAACCUGAACUGUGUUGUCUCAUUUUAAUCUAAUACAAGCUAAGUAAAGUUAUAAUUGUCAGUCUAGUAAUGUGUUAGAAUUAAGACAUUCAUUUAAACUCAGGACAUUUCAGUGACACCUAUUUGUCGCUUUCUCUAUAAAAGAUAGUCUCAUUCAGGACCUCUGAAAUAUGACUCUAAAGUGCAUUUAUAUGACUGACAGUUCCCCGACAAUCACAUGCAGAUCUGAUUCUUGUUUGAUUGACUCUAACUCACCAAAAUGACCUUUUUGUGUAAUUUGGUGAUGUGUUGAGAAUAUUCAGGUACACUGUGCCUCCAUUCACGUGAUCUUUCCGGAAGGAUACAACAGACACAACAAUAGAUCCAUUACACAAAGGAAUGCACAUGUUUUCUCUGCACUCCAGUGUUCAACAGUGACCUCCUGUGGGUGAUGAUACUUUCAAAAGCAACUAGUGCUUUUAAAAAUAUAAUGCUAUUAAUUAGUGACAGCAAGAUGAUACGCUAAGAGUGAGGUAACAAAUAAAACAGAAUGUGUUGGCACUAAUUUCAAAUGUCAGAGUCAAUUAUCCGUAACUUUUCAGUGUCCUGUCUGGAUAUACUGAAGUAAUUAUGUUUACAGAAAACUGUAUGUCUCCAUCAGGUAUUCCCAACCUGGAGGUCAGUAACCCUCAAGUUUGCCAGAUGGUCCAAACCUGUGGUCCACACUGAAAUAUCUCAUUUACUGGAUAAGUUGCCAUGAAUUUCUGUUGAGGCAUGCAUGGUGCGCAGAGGAUGAAUCCUACCGACUUUUCAUCUGGCGCCCUCAGUCUGCCAAAAUUGGCAAUCCAGCAGUUGAGAUGUAAGUUUAUUCAAGUUUUCACCUAUCCUGUGAAGUAUAUCCACAUCUACUAGAUGGACUGGAACAAAAUCUUGUAAAGGCAUUCAUUGUCUCCAGAUGAUAAAUUGGUAUGACUUCCCUAACUUUUCCUCGAGCACCGCAAAGAGGUUGACAUUUAGGAUAACUCAUGUCCAUACUGAGGCCAUAGUGUGUAUUGAGCAGUCAGAAGAAGGCAUUUCCUAAUUUAGGGGGUCACAAGUCAAAAAGGUUGGGAACCACUGCUGUAGAUUUAUUCUUUCAUUUAGAGAAAUAUGUUUUGUGCUGAUUAUUAAUUAAAUUAUUUGUUCAGGUUUUUCCCUUGGGCCUUGCAAUUUAUGAUACGACUGUAUUUUUAGUCAUCAAGGAAGAAUGAUGAAUGUUGUGGAUACAGUUGACAUUCUUUUGUACAAAGUCGGACCCGUU